AUGAUUGAGACUGAUGGAUUGUUCUAUGUAUUUGGCGAUGGAACAGUUGGGCUGCAGGACAUUAGCUUGAAUCUGCCCACUGGCUCCAGGACUUUGUUGAUAGGCGCCAAUGGCGCCGGAAAGUCCACGCUUCUCCGGAUUCUGGCCGGCAAGACCCUGGCUAAACUGGGUAAAACCACGGUUGACGGCCGCGAUCCGUUUCGUGACGGAUUGCAGAACGCUACUUAUUUAGGUACAGAGUGGGCAUCCAACCCUACGGUGCGGCGAGACGUGCCAGUGACGCUGUUGAUUGCAAGCGUUGGUGGAGAUGCCUACCCGGAGCGUCGGGACGAGCUGGUCGAUAUUCUAGACAUUGACCUGACCUGGCGUAUGAAUGCUGUUUCGGAUGGCGAACGGCGCAGAGUCCAGCUGUGCAUGGGUCUAUUACGGCCGUGGACGUCGUUGUUUCUGGACGAGGUCACCGUCGACCUGGACGUGCUUGUGCGUCACAGGCUGCUCGAGUUUUUGAAAACAGAAACCGAAACACGCCACUGCCAAAUUGUUUACGCUACACAUAUUUUCGAUGGCCUUAUGGGCUGGCCCUCCCACAUCGUGCAUAUGCAUCUUGGGCAGGCCCUCGAAGCGGCGACCACAGAAGCAGUUCUUAAAAAGUACCAAAACAGCGGUCCGAACUCCAGGCUUUUACAGGUCGCUUUGCAAUGGCUGCAAGAGGAUCUAACCAGAAGAGGGCAGCGGCAAAAGCGUACAUGGGAGGAGGUUCGCGGCACGGUCGACGAGGGACUUGACCACAGCGAGAAGUUUGACAAGUAUUUUAAAUUGACCCGCGGCAGGGAGUAG